AUGGCGCAGCCCUACGCGCCGGUGGAGGCCGCGCUCGGUCCCGAGGAGAACUUCCUUUCGCUGGCCGACAUCCUUAUGUCGCAGGAGCGUCUGCCGGGCCGGGCCGAGGUCGCCUGGCCUCGCUUGGCUGGCGUCCUGGCCAGGGCCGCCGCGGCCGCUGCGCCUAGCAAGGCGCUCCCGGAGGGUUCAAAGUUGGAAAUCCCUCUCUGGUUGGCCAAAGGCUUGUAUGACAAGCGGAGGAUUAUUUCUGUGGAGCUGCCAAAAGUUUACAAGGAGAGCUGGCGGACAGUGUUUAAUGCUGAUGCCAGUGUGGUUGACCUGCAUAAAUUGGGGCCAUAUUACUAUGGAUUUGGGUCCCAGUUACUCAAUUUUGACAAUCCUGAAAAUACUGAAUUAGCUCAAUCUAUACUACAGACAUUUAUUGGCCGUUUCCGUCACAUCAUGGACUCUUCCCAGAAUACUUUCAAUGAGGACACGUCUGCGUUGGUGGCCCGACUGGAUGAGUUGGAGCGGGCCUUAUUUCAGACUGGCCAGAAGGGACUCCAUGACUUCCAGUGCUGGGAAAUGGGUAAGGCCUCCCAGAUCACGGUAUCUAACCUCAUCCAGAAUUACAAAAAGAGAAAAUUCACUGACAUGGACAGCUGAGAUCACAAAGACUGGGUGAGGCCUUGUAGGAAACAUUUGUGAAUUUAUGCUUGGGUUCAGGCACUGAGAAGAAUCAAUGUUCACAUAUCCAAUUAAAAUUGUUUCCAGUGGUAGUUUGAAGUUAGAUCCAAACAAUGUUCUGGCUCUGAAGGAAUAGAUACAGCAGUGGCAAAAAAUCGCAUUGGGAAAUAACAUUUCAAUGUUUUUAUUAGAUCUUUGUUUUAAUAAUUU